ACUAGACUCACAUCAUCUUUUGGAUUCCAGACAGCAGAUCAGCCUAAGGAAAGCAGAAAGUUCACGACUGAGUUGACAAACUUGACGAUGGCUUACAACAAAUUCUUUAUCGUCGUCUUUUGUCUUCUGAGCAACCUGGCUGGGGCCCUCACAGAGAGCACUGUGUCUUGCUACAGGAUCGAGCCAGGGACAAUAGCAGGCAUCAUUUGUGCAGAUGUGCUGCUGACCCUCGUCAUUGUUGUCGUCACCUACCGAUGUGCCAGUGUUCGGCGUCAGAAGAUUGAAAAUGCUAACAAAGUGUACAUGAAUGUCCGGGCCAACUGCAAGAGCUAAUCUAAAAAAGAUGCUGUACAUUAUAAUAUUAUGUUACAUCUUUUAGAUCCUGUUUUGUCAAAAAACAUAUAUAUUAGAAAAUGUUAGAAAAGGUAAUUAAAGUCUUUUUACAUUAAACUCUUUUGCAAUAAUCUAAACUAGAGUAUCUUGUAUAUAUUACAUUCCUGCUCAGUAAUUUGACUUACUACACAAUUACUAUUACAUACAAUACACUUGAUGUGUAAUGUCCCACAUAGAAGAUCUUGAACACUUUAUAAAGAGCCUUUAACAUUUAAUCACAAUAGGUAGUCUCCAGUUACUGUAUAUAUUUGGAGUUAUUAAGCAAAGCCUAACAAAUAAGAGUUGUGUUAGACUCUUUAAACUAAACUCAAAGUGUGUAAAUGAAACUUACCAACUUUGUGGAUAAAAUACCUCUAAAUGCCCAGUUUCUUAAAAUAUUGGCACUGUAACCACACCAUGCAGCACCCUCUGCAGGUGAGUUUUGGUAGCACAGUACUGUAUUUUAACAGGCCCUGAAGACCUUAUAUAAAUAUAUCUGUUAUCAAAGAUUGUACUGAUACAAGUGAUUUCUUUUUUUAAGACAGACCUGAUGAUUUAACAUGAUUUUUUUACAGUGUAGUAUCAGACAAACCACUGUGCUGACAAUGUAUUAAGGAAAAUGUUGAUUGAGUAAAAAUUCCAGCUUCAGCACAUUAAUAAAAUAAGUUUAAAAUACUUCCAUGUGUGUUAUGUUAAACUGAUUUUACCAUUUACUGAGAGAAGUAAAAUGUUUUUAGUGUUCAAUA